AUGGACAGUGUGAACACUGGAUUUGAAGAAACUGCUUCAAAUAAUAAUGCUUUUGAUUCUAUUCAAAUUGUUGAAGAAACUAAUUGUCAACCCUCAACUUCAACCUCGUAUAAUAAUAGUUCGAUAGAUUUACAGUUAGCCCCAAAUACAGCGAAUACCACUAACAAAAGGAAAUUUGAAGGGUCGGUUAAAGAAACAAUGACCAAAAAAGAUCGUCUACAGCACACUUUUAGAGCUCAAGAAGAGCUAAUGACAGAAAUGUAA